AUGACGAACACUACGAUAUCAGAAGAUUUCUUAAAACAUUUUGUUUGGCUCAAUAUACAGAAUCAUCGAAUUGAGAGUACAUUAUUGCGAUUGAAUCGUCUCUUUAAUAACUUAAAAAUAUUUGACAAUAUUGAUGAAUGUUCUCAGCAUGUGCAAUCAAGUACAAAUCAAUUUGUGGCAAUUAUAUCUAGUGAUGAUUGUGAUGUCGUUGAUAAGAUGUCACGUAUGGAUAAUAUUGACUCGAUCUAUCUCCUACGUAAAAUAGAUGAAAAUAAAAAUCGAAAUAAUUCAAAAAUUUACGGUAUUUACUAUAGUGAAAAUACGUUAUUACGAUCACUUGCUAAUCGAUUUAAUACUGAUCAUAUACCAGUAUCGACGUUCAAUUUAAAUAAUAUUCCAACACAAACGUCUAUUCGUAAUUUAAACAAGAACAGUGGAAAAUUUUUGUGGUAUCAAUUAUUGAUCGAAAUUAUAUUACGAUUGCCAUCGCAAACUGAACAUGCUAAAAAGGAUAUGAUUGAAGUAUGUCGUCAAUAUUAUGAAACAGAUAGAGUACAACUAAAGUAUAUUGAUGAAUUCGAGAAAUCGUACAAUGCUAACUCAGUUAUUCAAUGGUAUACGACAGAUACAUUUUUUUAUCGUUUAUUAAAUAAAGCAUUUCGUAGUCAAAACAUCGAUAUCAUAUAUAAAUUUCGUAAAUUUAUAUCUGAUCUUCAUCAUCAAAUAACACAAGGUAAACAAGUGAAUAACCCUCCUCGUGUUGUUUAUCGUGGACAGACUUUAUCUCAAACUGAAAUAGAACUAAUUCAAAAUAGUAAGGACGAUUUAAUAUCAAUGAACAGUUUUCUUUCAACAACAAUCGAUCGAAACAUAGCAUUAAUAUUUGCUGGUAAUACUCAAGAAUCUGUUUUAUUUGAAAUAUGGAUUGAUGACGUUCUUGAAACAGCACCAUUUACAACUCUCAAAGAUAGUGGUGAAGGUGAAAUUCUAUUUUCUUUUGGUACUGUGUGUCGUAUUUUGUUUGUUGAAAAAUCUCUCAUUGAAAAUGUAUGGAUAAUAAAAUUAAAAUUAUCUUGUGAAGAAAAUAAUGAAUUAAAACGAUUGCGUGAUCAUUACAAAAAUGGAUUAGAUAAAACAACUGAUCUAUUUGAAUUAGGUUUAUGUUUAUGGAAAAUGGGUGAUAACGAUCGUGCACUAAACUAUUACGAACUGAUCAAUAAAGACUUACCAAACAAUCACAAAGCGAAAGGACAACUAUUUAAUGUAAUAGGUAUUGCUUAUAAUGAUAAAAAUAUGUUUGAUUUAGCCUUGAAAAAUUAUGAACUGGCACUUCACUUUUAUAAUCAAAAUGGAUAUAGUCGUGUGGAGAUGUUUCAGAUUUAUUCUAACAUCGGUAGCGUUUGUGACGAUAUGGGAAAGUAUAAAGAAGCAUUACAGAACUAUCGUUAUGCAGAACAUCACGAUCAUCAUAUACUUGAUCCAAGCCAAAAAAGUCUUAAAUUAAAAGCUAAUAUAGCCCAUGUCUAUACGAAACUAGGACAGUAUAAAGAAGCAAUAUCAUCACAUGAAAACUUAAUAAAGUUACUAGAACAACAACAAUUGCCAACGCUUCAUCCCACACGCAUUAUAGUUUAUAAUAAUUUCGGUUAUGCUUACAGUCAAGUUGGCGAAUCCUCACAAGCAGUUGAAUAUUAUGAAAAAGCAAUUAAAAUAUUAGAACAAAUUCAUCAUCCUGAUCAUAUCCUUCUUGCACGAAUAUAUAAUAAUUUAGGUGUCGUUUAUUUAGAUCAGAAAUUGUUUUCAAAAGCAUUUCAAAAUUUUCAAGAAGCACUAAAAAUAUGUGAAAACCAAAAACUCGAUGAACUUGAAUUGGCAAUGAUUUAUAAUAACAUCGGAGAAUAUUAUAACACAAAAGAAGAAUAUUCUGACGCUUUAAAAUAUCACGAAACGGUACUUGAAAUACGUAAGAGAUUACUAUCACCUUUAAACAAGAACCAUUCAUGUAUUGCAAUAACAUUGAACAACAUAGGCACGAUUUAUCUUGCAAACUGUGUUUUCGACAAAGCAAUGCAGUACUUUGAACAAGCGCUUGAAAUCGAAAGCGCAUCGUUGCCUGUGGAUCAUCCAAGUCUAGCUACAACUUAUAGUAACAUUGGUCGUGUCUAUGAACUAUGUCACUCUUCUAAAGCACUUGAGUAUUACAGAAUGGCUUGUGAGAUUGCUGAAACAAAAUUGUAUCCAAACAAUGUGUACCGUAACAUAUACGAAACUAAUUUGAAACGAGCUAAUGAGUUAGACCUUGAAUGA